AUGCCCGUGAACAAGUUCGGCGCCACCCUCGCGCGGAGCGGCGACUACACUACGCGGUUUCGAGCCAGCGACGUUCGCGGUUACGUGCGCGACAACGCUUUCUGCCUCGUCCCGGACGGAGACGAGUACGACGCAAAGAGGCGCCGAAUACGGAACGUGGCAGUGCCGCGGGAGGAACACGACGCGGUGAACAGGUAUCACGUAGAUCAGCGGGUCGACUCGUUGUCCGAGGCCCAGCGCAAGGACUACAGCGACCAUCGCGAGGCGAUCGUCGCUCUACGAGCGGACAUCGAGGGCGCGUCCGCGUCGCUUACGAACGGCCGGAUCGGCGAGUUGGUCGUAGCCGUCGAGGAAACGAGGAAGCUGAUCGUCACUCAGGAGGAGAGAUUCACCGCGUUGUUGUCGCAGCUGCAGUCCGAUACGACCUCUCUGAGGACGAAGUUGGAGUCGCACGACACGAAGCUGAAGUACCUCGCGGAAAACGUGUCGAAGGCGCGAACGGACGCUAGAUUAAACACGAUCGGAUUGGACAAGGUCACGACGACCGCGCAGUCGUGCGAGGAACGGGCCACCAAUCUCGAGGCAACGGUGUCGAAGGCGGAUGUGGUCGACGUGCAGUCGUACGCGCGUCAAAACAGAGGCUACCGCUACAUACUGACGAUCAUCGACGCGCUGAGCAAGUACGCGUGGGCCGUACCUCUCAAGCGCAAGUCCGGAAGCGAGGUUGCCGGGUCGUUCGCCAGUAUGUUUCGCGACACCGGCAGGUGUCCGCGGAACCUGCACACCGACGAGGGCAAAGAGUUCUACAACUCGCACCUGCGAGAACUGACCCUUAAGGGGGGAGCCUGCUUUAGAACGUUGAAAAUAAGGUAUAAUUUUACGAAUUUGGGUAUAAAUCACUAUUCCACGCACUCGGUAAUGAAAGCCUCGAUAGUGGAACGUUUUAAUCGUACGCUGAAGAAUGAAAUGUGGAAAGUGGUUACGUUCAAUGGAUCGUACAAAUGGGUGGACGUGCUAUCGCGUCUCGUUAGCGAGUACAACGCUCGGCGUCACCGCGCUAUCGCGAUGCGUCCGGUCGACGUCACGCCGACCACGGCUGCGCAGCUGCUAUCCACUGUUUACAAACGCGUGAAAAUCGCCGCUCCAGCGAAAUUUUACGCGGGUGAUAAGGUGCGCGUUAGCAAGUAUAAGACCGUCUUCGCGAAGGGCUAUACACCGAAUUGGAGCACAGAGGUGUUUACGGUGUCGAAGGUGCAACGGACCAAUCCCGUGACGUACCUGUUGCAAGACUAUAGCGGUAAACCGAUCUCCGGCGGAUUCUACGAGCAUGAGUUACUCAGAGCUCGUUAUCCGGACGUCUACCUCGUGGAAAAGGUGCUGCGGCGGAGAGGAAACAAGGAGUACGUCAAGUGGCUCGGAAUGGACGCGUCGCACAAUUCUUGGAUCAGUCGGAAUGAUGUGUUGUAA